CCCUGGACCAGAGGAACAGACUGGACCGUCAGACCCACUGUUGGCCAAGUGUUCUGAAAGUCCCUCCAAGUAUUACUGAGCUCUUCCCUUUAUCCUCCCGACAUCUUUGGUGUCAAACUCAGCAGGGCACCAAACUGGGCGCGAGAGAUGGGCACGUAGACGCCUGGCCCUCAGGAAGCAGGCAAGGUACCCGCGGGGAGAAUCACCCAAAUUGCUGUCUAAUCUUCGCUGGGAAGUGGAAAUGAAGAAGGGAGUGUCCUGGAACGGAGGGUGUGAAGACACCACGAUCAGAGGCAACAAAGGCGGUGUCAUUGGGGACAUUCUGAAGAUGCGCCAAAGGUUGGAGUCUAGGAUGGAUGCCUUGCAGGAGAAAUGUUUCCCAGCAGAUCAGGGAAGGAUGGAUAAGCCUUGGAUGACUAGAGAAGGCACCCAGCUGAGAGGGAUACAGCCAGGGCAAAGGUGUAGAGGUGGCAAUCAACUUCAUCAUUGUUAUUAUUAGUAGUAUUUUAUUAUUUUGGUUAGCUACAACCUCGAGAGAGGGGCACAAACCCUCCUUAAGACUGAGAAAACGAGGGCGGCGCCUGUGGCUCGAAGGAGUAGGGUGCCAGCCUCAUAUGCCAGUGGUGGGUUCAAGCCCAGCCCUGGCCAAAAACUGCCAAAAAAAGACUGAGAAAACGGCGGUCCGGAAAGGCUGCCAGGUUCUGUAGAUUCCAAACAAGUUUAUUGGGUUCAUUAACUUUAACAAGUGACGAGGACACGCCGUCUCCACGGAACUCUCCUAACUCGCAGAAAAGCUGAGAGCUGAUUCCUGCGCGGCCCGGGAGGGCACUGGAUCUUCACCCGUGGGUCAAGAGAGCCGUCAGCCCCCACGGUCCGGUAGCGGAGCUCAAGGCGCUCCGCAGUCUACAAGAGCUUGGUGGCGCCUGCGGCGGGUCAGAGCCUGAGGCCUGGGCUUGGCUCCACCCCCACUGCUUUCUCUCGGCGUGGGCCCCCCUCCUGCACAGGCCUAGGUCUGGGAGGCGCCUACCGGGCCCCUUCGCUCCACCUGGAGCCAAUCACCAGCCCAGAAUCUUCUCGGGACCUACCUCCAGGCCCGCCCCAGUCCAGUCCUCAGCUCCGCUAGCCCGGGCCCCACCCCCGGCCCGCCCCGCCGUCGGUGCGCGGCGGCCGGGAAGGCGCCUCCCGCAGACGCUCGGAACUGCCGACCAGGGAGCUCCCCGCUGAGGGCCGGCCGGCGGGAGCGGAGUGGGUCGGGCGGGGCCGAGCCGGGCCGUGGGCCUUGUGGGCGCCGGGUGGCGGCCGGGCCGGCGGACGGCGGAAUGGGCUGCACCGUGAGCGCCGAGGACAAGGCGGCAGCCGAGCGCUCUAAGAUGAUCGAUAAGAAUCUGCGGGAGGACGGCGAGAAGGCAGCGCGGGAGGUGAAGUUGCUGCUUUUGGGUGCUGGCGAGUCAGGGAAGAGCACUAUUGUCAAGCAAAUGAAGAUCAUCCAUGAGGAUGGCUACUCCGAGGAGGAAUGCCGGCAGUACCGGGCAGUUGUCUACAGCAACACCAUCCAGUCCAUCAUGGCCAUUGUCAAGGCCAUGGCCAACCUGCAGAUUGAGUUCGCUGACCACUCCCGCGUGGACGACGCCCGGCAGCUGUUUGCACUGUCUUGCACUGCUGAGGAGCAGGGUGUGCUCCCUGAAGACCUGUCCAGUGUCAUUCGGAGGCUCUGGGCUGACCACGGUGUGCAGGCUUGCUUUGGCCGAUCAAGGGAGUACCAGCUCAACGACUCAGCUGCCUACUACCUGAAUGACCUGGAGCGCAUUGCACAGAGUGACUACAUCCCCACACAGCAGGAUGUGCUGCGGACCCGUGUGAAGACCACGGGUAUCGUGGAGACACAUUUCACCUUCAAGGACCUGCACUUCAAGAUGUUUGAUGUGGGUGGUCAGCGGUCCGAGCGGAAGAAGUGGAUCCACUGCUUUGAGGGCGUCACAGCCAUCAUCUUCUGUGUAGCCUUGAGCGCCUAUGAUUUGGUGCUAGCAGAGGAUGAGGAAAUGAACCGCAUGCACGAGAGCAUGAAGCUGUUUGAUAGCAUCUGCAACAACAAAUGGUUCACGGACACAUCUAUCAUCCUCUUCCUCAACAAGAAGGACCUAUUCGAGGAGAAGAUCACACAUAGCCCCCUGACCAUCUGUUUUCCUGAGUACACAGGGGCCAACAAGUAUGAUGAGGCAGCCAGCUACAUCCAGAGUAAGUUUGAAGACCUGAAUAAACGCAAAGACACCAAGGAGAUCUAUACACACUUCACGUGUGCCACAGACACCAAGAACGUGCAGUUUGUGUUUGACGCUGUCACUGAUGUCAUCAUCAAGAAUAACCUGAAGGACUGUGGCCUCUUCUGAGGGGCAGCGGGGCCUGGCAGGAUGGAAAGAAGGAGAGGGUCAUUGUCUAAGAAGGAGAGGAGAAGGGAAGAGAGGCACAUACUGGCUACUUCCUGAGCCAUGACCUGACUGUCCCCUACCUCCAGGGCCACCGCUGACUCUGCUCCCCCAGCCCCUGAGGAAGAUAGGGGCAAGAAGACCACGCUCCCUGCCUGACCCCCUGGCCGCUUUUCCCUUAUCUUAUUUCUGUUCUCCACUCCCCCAUCUCCGCCCUCAGUUCCAGACAUAGGGGAGGGGUUGCCAGAGGCCUCCCUGUUUGAAGUCUGCCCUUGUCUGAGGUACCAGGAAUGGCCAUGGUACCCCCUUUCUAGGCAUCUGUUCUGUUUUUUCAACCACUGUCUUAUUCUGGGGUGGGGGGAAGGGAGAACAUGCUGAAUCUCCCAAGGCCUGUAUCUGGAGGCUCACCCACUUCUCCAGUCUGGAUCCCUGGCUUUGCCCAACACCAGCCCCUGCCCUGGCCCAAGUCCAAAUGUUUACAGGGAGCCUCCUAACCACCCAAUGCCCCAGCCUCUCGGAGGCCCCAAGGAAAAAGCACAAGAAGCGUGAGACGCCACCAUUCCUGGAGACCACAGUCCACCUGCUUAUUCUCGUAGCUUUUUAAAAAAAUGAAAGUAAAGAAAAAAAAAUACAAACCUAGAAAACUUUUUAGAGAAAAACUAUUUAAAACUGUCAGAUCCUGUACCCACCCAGCCCCCAUUCCAGUGACUGUGCCUUGAGUGUGUCUGUGUGUUUACACCCAUCCUCUUGCUGGCCAUCCCUGUGUGAGUGGCACCCUUGCCCUGCCCUCCACAGAAUUGGGUUCCAAGGGCUGUUCCAGACAACUGCCAAUGUCACUGAGGGCCCUGCCCAAGUGGCCCUGGGCCCAGGCUCCAUUAACCUAAAUGUAGCUCCUUAGCGCUAACCUAGGAACCGCCGCUGCCUGCUGAAGGGCCAUGCCCUCAUUCCCUUGCCCCAGGCCGGGGCAUUCAGCGUUGAACACUUCCUUGCUUUUUUCACAUGUUUUAUGGAAUUGUUCACCUGGUUUGAAAUAAUAAAAUGUAGAAAGAAAAA